AUGCCCAAGUUCAGAAAUAGUUUUCUACUCCUCGGCUGCUCGCUCCUGCUGCUGGGUUCCGCUUACGCACCGGCGGCCGCCUCCUGCCCGCCGGGCUGCGAGUGCUCCGAGGCGGCGCACACGGUAAAGUGCGUGGCCAAGGAGCUCCGCAGCGUCCCGCUCGGGAUCCCAGGAUACGCCCGGAACCUCUUCAUCACCGGUAACCAGAUCAUGAGAAUCGGACCCGAGUCUUUCAAAGGCCUGGAGAAUGUCACCAACCUUUCACUAAGCAAUAAUAGGAUUUCCGAGGUGGAAUCUCACACCUUCUCGAGCCUGACGAGUCUUCGCUCGCUGGACCUGAGCUGCAACCAGCUGGCGGUGCUCCACCCGGAAGCCUUAACGGUGGCCGAGCGAUCCCUACGCGAGCUCAACCUGAGCCGCGCCCUCUACAACCGCUCGGGCAUUUUGGACUUGUCGGCGGCGCUGCGCCAUAGCUCUCUGACGUCGCUCCGUGGCCUGGAUCUAUCGCACAACAGCAUCAUCUACCUGCCGCCGGGUAUGUUCACCCGGCUGGGUGGACUUCGUCGACUAUUGCUGACCAAUAACUCCCUGGUGGCCUUCCACAAUGCCACCCUGGCCGGUUUGGGGGACCUCCAGGAGCUGGAUUUGACGCUCAACUCGCUAAGGAACGUGCCCGAGGAGGGCCUUCGCGAGCUGGACUCGCUCCCCGAGGCCGAGAUCCUCCUAGGGGAGAACCCGUUCACCUGUACGUGCGGCAUCGAACCUUUUGCCCGUUGGCUCAACCGCUCCCGGGGACGCAUCAGGAACCCCGACCAGAUGAUGUGCGCCUUCCCCGCUAACCUGAGGAACGCCUCCCUGCUCUCGGUGGUGGGCGCCUCCGGCAGCUUGGGGUGCCGCCCAAGGGGCGCCGGAGCCGAACUGGCCCUGCAGACGUCCUAUGUGUUCUUGGGCCUGGUUCUGGGACUUGUGGGCCUGGUGUUUCUCUUGGUGCUUUACCUUAACCGCAGGGGCAUCAAGAAGCGCGUGUACGACAUGCGCGACGCCUGCAGGGAGGUGUGGGAGGGCUACCACUACCGCUUUGAGACCGAUUCGGACCCCCGUUUGUCCCAGGUGUCCUCAAGCACCGACAUGUAA